AUGAUUUCGUCGGGACAACUCUUUGCAGGGGCUGCGCUCCUCGCAGCUCUCCCCUCUACACUGGCCUUUCCCAAAUUAUGGCAACCAACGACAACAUUUACCUCGACACCGACCGAGAUACCUGCUGCCAUCACAGCCGACACGAAUGCCACGCACGGCUCCUACACGGGCACAGCCACCACCACCGGCGCGCUCUCGACCUCGGUGCUGUCCAGCGAGAUCCCCCCCUUGCCGGCCCCCGAAGGCUCCUACGACUACCCAGCCGACGGGGAGCUGCACGCCCCCGAACCUGCGCCGUAUACGCCCAGCGGCGGCGUCGGCACCAACGGCUCGGCGCCCGUCUACCGCGUGCAGAGCGACUUCGACUACCAGUCGCUCGCGCUCGCGCUGUACCAAGAGUACAUUGAGCUGGACCUCUUCCGCUGGGGCCUGGCCGCCUUUACCGACGACGAGUUUGAAGCCUACGGCAUCGGCGCCGAGGACCGCUACCUGAUUGAGUACAUGGCCGAGCAGGAGAUUGGGCACGCGACGCUGCUGUCCAACAUGCUGGGCCCGCAGGCUCCCGUGCAGUGCCAGUACAGCUACCCCGUGACCAACGUGCGCGAGUUUGUCGACUUUAACCAGAAGCUGACGCGCUGGGGCGAGGCCGGCGUGUACGGGUUCCUGCCGCACCUGGACUCGGGCCCCGCGGCGCAGCUGCUGCUGCAGAGCAUCACGGUCGAGGCGCGGCAGCAGCUCAUCUUUCGGCAGUUUGGCGGCAUGUUCCCCAUGCCCGUCUGGCACACGGUCGGCAUCCCCCAGAGCUGGGCCUGGACGCUGCUCGCGCCGCACGUCGCCAGCUGCCCGGCGAACCAGACGCGCCUCGUCUGGCAGAACUUCCCCGCCCUCGCCAUCGUCAACCAGCCCAACGCGGCGCGCGUCAACGCCUCCGACGCCUGGAACGAGACGACCGGCCGCGAUGGCAGCAACACGCUGUCGACGGCGGAGAUUGAGCAGGACGACUCGUGCGUCAACGCGACGCGGGAGGUGGACGAGUGCAGCGCCGCCAUUAGCCGGAACCGCAGCCGGCCGCUGUCGUAUCCCGGACGGCAAGUGUUUCUCGAGUGGGACGCGCCGGGCACGCUGGUCGGCCCCAACAACAGCUACGUGACGUCGACGAAUGUCAAGGAGCCCAAGUUUGCGGCGUGGGUGUCGCAGCUCAACGUGACGUACUCGCCGCUGCUCAACGUGAGCCUGGACGGCCGCAGCGCGUACACGGUGCAGCCCAACGUGUCGACGUGGGCGGGCGACCCGGCCAUCAACGGAACCAUGUUCCUGGCGCUGACGGACGUGGACAUGUAUGUGACGCCGUACAACCUGACGCAGCUGAACCCGCACGUGGCGGCGCUGGGUGUGUAUCAGGCUGGUUAG